GAGAGAGAGAGAGAGAGAGAAACAGAGAAAGAGAUGAGGUUCAGCAAUAGUUUGAUCGGAUUGAUAAAUUUCUUGACUUUCCUUCUAUCGAUCCCAAUACUUGGUGGAGGAAUAUGGCUGAGCAGCAAAGCUAACACCACCGAUUGUAUGAGAUUCCUACAAUGGCCUCUCAUCAUAAUCGGAAUCUCACUCAUGGUGGUGUCUCUGGCUGGUUUCGCCGGCGCCUGCUACCGUAACACUUUCCUUCUACGAUUCUACCUUUUCUCUAUGUUCUUCAUCAUCGCUGCUCUUAUCGGUUUUAUCAUCUUUGCUUAUGGCGUUACCGAUAAGGGUUCCGGCCGAUCAGUCGUGAACAGAGCUUACCUUGAUUACUAUCUUUCCGAUUACUCUGGUUGGCUUAAAGAUCGUGUCGUUCAAGACAGCUAUUGGUAUAAAAUCAGCUCUUGUGUUAGGGAUUCUCAUGUCUGUGCUAAUAUGGGCUUGGAGAUUAAUGGGGUUCCUGAGACUGCUAAUAUGUUCUACUACCGAAAGCUCAGUCCUAUCCAAUCUGGUUGUUGCAAGCCACCUACAGAGUGUGGGUACGUGUACGUGAACGAGACGGAAUGGAACCAAGGAGGGGGAUUGGUGGGUAGCAACCCGGAUUGCACAAGGUGGAGCAAUGACCAGACCCAGCUCUGCUACUACUGCGAUUCUUGUAAAGCAGGGGUUCUGGCAAGCCUCAAGAAGAGCUGGAGGAAGGUUUCUGUUAUCAACAUUGUGGUUCUCAUUCUCCUUGUCAUCGUCUAUGUCCUUGGAUAUGCUGCCUUCAGAAAUAACAAGAGGAUGGAUAAUGAUGAACCAUACGGGUCGACCCGGAUGACUAAGGCCCAACCCAGCAUGCUCCACUUCUAAGUAACUUUCUUUUUUCUUUUUUUUUUGGUGGUCUUAGAGAAUUA